AUGUUUGUCAACAUAUUACCCCCUCCUCAACGAGAUCCUGGUCAAAUUGUGCAAAUUUGGCAGAAAGUCAAUCAACUCGUCAACAUUUUACAGACAAUGCCUUCUGCUCCUUCAGUUUGGGUGAGCCUACUGGGUGAUUGGUCAAGUGGUAAGAUACCGCAAGUGAGUGUCACUUACACCAACGGAUACAAUGGAUAUCGCCCCGAUCAUGAUAUUGCGAUUGUGCCUUUCACAUGCCUUUCAGAUUGGCAUUAUCGAAUACCGCCUUCCUACUCCGCUACGAUAGCGAACGAACGACAGUUGACCAAGAGGUCGCUUCUAUUCAAAUAUGGAAAGGAUUCUGUCUUAGAAGAGUGCCAGUGGGGCUGUGUUAGGGCCCCCGAUGUCAACAUCGUCCACGACUGGCUCACGGAUACCCGGAUCUUUCUUGAUCGCAGACUCGAUGACAUUCCUGGUAAAACGGCUGGGGCUCUUCGGCUGGAACGAUUCCAAACCUGGUUCCAAGAUAGCUGGGCAUCAAAAUACGAAACACAAUUCAUCUCAGAUCUUCAGAAACACCAGAGCACUGUUCUAAAACAUGAUCGCGGCUUACUAGGGGCCAGAAGAAGACACAAGUUGUUGAUCAUGCUUCAUCAUAUCUACCAUGCCUCGCAGGACGACCCACAUAAAGUGGAGGCUGCUUUGAAUGAAAUGACUCCUCGAGUCUACGAGAAGUGGGAUCCUCAAUUCUGGUCAGAGUGUUGGGGAGAUGGUAUGCCUAGGCUCAGCUUCCGGUUGGUCGAGGGUAGGUUGGACUGGCAAUAUUGGUAUCGUGUGUACUGGUCUUAUCGGAAAUUCACGGUUUUUGGGAUGAUUUUACGCGGAGCAAGCUCCACAACUGUCACCAUUCGCGACGCAGAAUGA